AUGACACAAUCCUCUGAAUCUUUUGACUAUUUAUUUAAAUUUCUAAUUAUUGGUAGUGCAUCGACGGGCAAAUCUUGUAUAUUGCACCAAUUUCUUGAAAAUAAAUUUAAAAAUGAUAGUACACAUACAAUUGGUGCUGAAUUUGGUUCAAAAGUACUUACGGUUGGUCAAAAAAAUGUGAAACUUCAAAUUUGGGAUACUGCUGGACAAGAAAGAUUUCGAUCAGUAACACGUAGUUAUUAUCGUGGUGCAUCCGGUGCUUUACUUGUUUAUGAUAUUUCAAAUCGAGAAAGUUACAAUGCAAUAACAAAUUGGUUAUCAGAUGUUCGUACAUUAGCUAGUCCAAAUAUUGUAAUAAUUCUAUGUGGAAAUAAAAAAGAUUUAGAAGAACAACGUCAGGUAACAUUUCUUGAAGCUAGUCGAUUUGCACAAGAACAUGAUUUAAUGUUUCUGGAAACAUCUGCAUUAACAAAUGAAAAUAUAACUGAAAGUUUUCAUCAAUGUGCUCGUAUUAUUCUCACAAAAAUUGAAUCAGGUAGUAUUGAUCCAUUUCGGAUGUAUUCAGGCAUUCAAUGUAAUCGUACAGUUGCUGCUCAGCAAAAUGAAAAUUCGCCUAAUAAUAUAUCACGAAAAUCAUUACGAAAUUGUGCAUCAUGUCAAACAUAA